AUGUCUCUAGCACCUGUGUUCGCAUCCGCCACCUGUGGAAAAAAGCAUCGAGUUGUCAAGGCCAUAGGGCGGCUCUUUAGCCAGGGCUUUCCGGAAAUGGCUCUGGAACGGCUACGACAGAGACAUGUCGGUGUUUGUGGCAGUUUCUCAAGGAGCUUCGAGAGGUCCCGGCAGGAUUACGGAGCCCACAAUCUUGCUGUGGGACCCUUCCAAGGCGAGUUUUGUUUGACGUUCACAUCAACCCCGGUCUCCGAGAAUGCGUAUGAUUGUCCGCAUCGGAAAACACGCAUGUUGUGGACGCCCUCCGUCAUGACAGGGUCUUCUUCGGUCGCCAGAAGUCUCUCAGGUCGUCACGUUUGCCUACGACGAGGACGUAUUUAA